GUGAAAGGUUAUCUCCUGAGCGCUUUUGCGUCUAGUCGCGAUGUCUUCGAGCAUAACGGCAAACUGAUCAUAUCUCAUGGAGGAGGCAAGGCUGAGGCUGUUCACUCUCGCAGCGGUCAGCUGCAUACACAAGCUGCGGGUGAUCAGCUCGCAGAGGACAAGUCCAUUCGCGCUCUUCUCAACAACUACGAGAACAGGCAGCCGCUCGUGAUCGUCGCGGACGAUAAGUACAGGCUGUUCCCGUACGAUUUGGAUGUGAAAGGUUAUACGUAUGUUGUGCUUGGCUGGUAUCAGAUAACUCAUGCGUGGGCUGAGUGUCAGAGGGUAGGCAGCAGUGAGAAGGGCGUAGUGAGAUGGAAAUUCGCGUUUCAAUGGUGCGAGGAGCAAGGACUGCCUUGGUGGUGUAAAAAAGAUCCAACUUGCGUCGACCAGCCAGCCAGCCUUGCCAUACCACCCACGUUCGUUGACAAGUCGAAUGAGCUUGUUCAGGAUGCGAAAGCGAACGAAAUGGACAGCGACGCUCCUAUCAAGUCCCUCGCUUUCGUUUCAGCUGACAAGGCCAAGUCUCUGGACAUGGAAUUGAGAUGGGCUAAGAGAGCAAAGAGGUCUGACACAGUGAUUUCCAGGAAAGUGUCUGUGAAGCAAAUGUACCUCUAUCCGACCAUCCCUCAGCACAUUUGUCUGUCUUGCAACCGAACCUCCUCCCUGGUUUACCUUGACGCAGCCAUGUGUCUGAACCCAACGUGCACGAUGUUCUGGCGCACUGGCGAGGACCACGGAGCUCCUCAGAAGCUCGAGUACAACCCAGAAUUUCUCGACCUUUUGAAGUUGCCAUUGGGUGAAGACGCUGCGAUACCUGAUCUUCGCCCCUUGCCACCUAAUAUAUCUAAAGGUGACACUUUGACGCAGACACGGGGAAUGCAUUGUCGUCAAUGUGGAAGAUUUUCUUCUCGUUGCAAGUGGGAAUGCUGGGAGUGUAAGUCAUGUGGAUCUCAAAUCAAGGCCCCCAUGGGCAUCAGGGAGCACAAACACUUCUGGACGCUGGAUUCGUCGGACGCCAUCUCCAAAGUUCCGAUGCCUGAUAAAGGCGUCCUGAAACUGUCAGCAUUGAGGUGGUUUAUGGAGGACGGCAAGAAGUGCUCUGUCUUUCUUCGGACGUACAAACUACCUAUGACCGAAGGCGCCAAGAUCCAUGUCAUCAGUCCCAAUGGUGCAUGGGCCAACGACAGGGCGCACAAAAUAUUUCGUGACUAUCAAGAGCAGGCCACUGAUGGGACGUUGAAACUACGCCGAGCGAGUUUGCAGGCUCAUAAAUGCAGAGGCCAGCUUCUUUCCAACUACUUCUCACAGAACAGUGGUGCUCCGUAUCAGUAUAUCAGUGGAACAGAAGGCACUGUCCCCCUAGACCGCGCAGCGUCAGCUGUCGUCGAUGCUCUGCAGUUGAUCCAUGACCGGGUGAACCAGGUGCUUAAGCUCAGCACGCCGGCGACAUUUAACGAGAUUCUGACUGCGGCAUACAUGGAGAGGCAGAAGAUGUCUUUCCAUUCCGAUGCCGAGCCCGGCCUCGGACCAAUCGUCGCUUCUCUAUCCCUCGGUGCGCCGGCGAAGAUGCAUUUCCGGUUGCACCACAAGCACCAGACGGCCUCUGUGGCGAACUCGAAGGGAUCCAAGAACGCAUUGACGAUUGUGCUGAAGCAUGGAGACGUCUGCGUUCAGGAAGGUUAUGACGUGCAGACCCUCUACGAACAUACCGUCGUCCCCGCCAACUUCCGUAUCGCCGCUACUGCUCGCUUCAUCGACGCUUCCGUAAACUCUGCAAGUGCUGCUCGUUCAUCUUCAGCGCAAGUGAGCCGCCGAAGCGCGUCCACUCAGCCUCGUACUGGCCCUUUCUGAACCAUGCUAUGACCUCUAUCCGUUUUGAUAUGCUAAAGUCUACCUUGCUAUCCGUGCUAUCCUCCAUGCAUCCUUGCUAUGAUAUCGUUGUAUAUACGACCCAUGUUUAUUGGAUAUACGUAUUUCUUGGUGGUAGACAGAAUGAAUGAGCAAACACCGAUCCCAAUACACCUAUCCGACGAACUUCGACCGAUCUUAUACUUUCUCAGUAACGGCCCUUGGGAGGAGGUGGCGGAACAAGGUACUGCUGCUGCUGGGGGGGUGGAGCAUGCCCAGGAAUCAUGAUUUGUGCCUUCUGCCUCCCAUAAAACGCAAACAGGUCCGCGAUCUGCUGCUCCAUUGCCUGUCGUUCGCGUUGGAGCCUACUGACAUCUUGGGUCAUGAGCAUGACUUCGCGCGUGAGCUCCUUCUUGAACUCCUGAACAUGGACUCCGAUGUUGAUAGCUGUAG